AUGACGAAUCCUGGACUUCAAUCAAUUGCUGAUCUUACCGCCUCAACAUGUAUAACAACCGGUGACAUUCCCCCGCCAUUAGUCGGUUCCUCAACGACAGUCAUAGGAAUGCGACUAUAUUUAUUCGCUGGUAGACUGGUAUCAUCUCGUCGAAUGACAAAUGAUCUUUAUAUACUCGACCUGAACACAUUCGUGUGGACAAGGUUCGCAGACGAAGAGAACAAAGCUCCAAAACCCAGAUAUUUUCAUUCCGCGAACCAAUACAAAAACAUGAUAAUAUUCUUUGGUGGGAUGGGAUACUCGACUACGUCGAAUGACGGACUAUGCGUGUUGGACGAUGUGUCGGUAUUCGAUCUGGACACUUGCAAAUGGCAUCAUCCGGAGAUUGCGCCUUCCUCAUCUUCACCACGUCCCAGAUACGCGCAUUUAGCUUCAAUCACGGCUAAUAAGUUGGUGAUUGUCGGUGGACAAGAUAUGAAGAAUUAUUAUAUUGAGCAGAUUAAUGUGUUGGAUUUGGAUCAGUGGUGUUGGACUUAUUCACGGACAUUUGAGAAACACUGUGGCGCUUAUCGAUCUGUUGCUGUGAGCAGCACAUGUCACACUAAUUUACCAUUGUUUGCGAAUAGUGUUGGUCAAAAUUUGGUUGGUUCGUCGAAAGAAGCCUCGGUCUCCAAUAGUUACAUUAAUGAGUCACGACCAUCAACACCAGAUGUAGAUUUAUCUCAAAGAUUGCGCCGAUCAUCCUCUUCACAAUCUUUCCAUUCGAGCAGAAACUCUGUUUAUCGAUUCUCAUACACGACAUACGUGACAGAAGAUAAUCCGAACCCAAUCUAUUUAUAUUCGAAUUACAAUUUCACCGAUGUGAAACGUGAACUACAAGUCAUUGAUCCACCAAUGAAGUCAGAUUAUCAAAUCAUGGAUCACUCAGCAAAUAUGACUGGUGCAUUUCUGCCGCCGGGUCUUCGAUUUCCUACAGGUGCUAUUCUCGGGCACCAUCUAAUAAUCUCGGGUACUUAUCUGACCAAUAGCAUUCAAACAUUCAGCAUCUGGACAUUGAAUUUAGCGAAUUUAGUGUGGACUCGAAUUGACACCGGAUCAUGCUUCAAUCACGGAUCAUGGAAUCGGGGAGUUUUAUGCGAAGAGAGUAACAAGUAUAUUGUACUUGGUCAUCGUGAUCGUUCGCUCGUGGAAGAUUAUAAUCAUCGACAAACAAAUUUCGAUCACGUGACAGUGGUUGAUUUGGAAGCGUUUGGUGUUUAUCAACCUCCACCGGCAACGAUGUCACCAGUUGCUCAGGAACUAGGACUUGCAUUGAUGAAUGAACCAAAUAUGGCUGAUUUCGAGAUAGUCACGAUUGAUAAACACCGCAUACCCGUAAAUUCGAAUGUCUUGUCAAGCAGAUGGCCUCAUUUUCGAAUGUUGGUAGAUAAACAUGCGGAUCUUGCAGCCGAGGUUAGCUAUGAUGAGGACGUUCCGCGACCAGCCAACGAAGAAACCGGAAUAUUGAUGUAUCGAAAUCGAGCUCUAGAAUUUCCAGAGACAUUUAAUGUGACAUUAGCAUUCUUACAGUACUUGUAUACAGAUCAUUUGCUGACAGCACAACAACAUCAACCUGCUGUACUUGCACAAUUGCUUUUACUGGCAGACAUGUAUAAUCUCGAGAGACUUCGUCAAUUGGCCAGACAUGGUCUUCAUCAAUUACUGAGCAUGGCAACUGCCGCAUUGAUCUAUGAGACGGCUGCGUUAUCGCGACAGACCGGACUUCAGAUUCCACAUCAUUAUCAUAAUAUGAGCGUGAGCAGUAAUACAUCAGUACUUACUCGAUCCUCAUAUAUUGAUCAAGAUCUUAUAUCACCAAUGACUCAAUGGUCGAAUUCAUCAAGUCCACCUCCAUCAGCAGCCCUCGAUCAGACAAGAACAUCAUAUUACGAUCCAUAUGUCACUCAUAUGAAUGUGCCUUAUAAUGGUGGUAGUUUUCGAACACGUGCAUCAUCAGCAGCUUCAGCUCUCUCGCUUUCUAAUAAUUUAAGAAAUUAUUUACCAACAAUACAAGAUUCAAUAUCUUCUGCAGAAACAAUCGUGGAAGAUGGACAAUCGACAACAUCCACAAUAGCUUACAACUCAUUAAGAUCCACGCGAUCGACGAAUUCAUUAAAAUCCAUAAGAUCCCACUCCGUAAGUUCGCAGAAUAAUAAUGGUAGUGGUGUUGGAUAUGUUGAGGCUCAACGACGGCAACAUCAUCAGCAUCAUGAUUCAGGAUUCAACUAUAUCAAUAAUCGAUUAACCAAUCUGGCUUUUAAUUGA